GAGUAGAACUCCCCUGAUUCAUCAUCUUCACCUCUCACUUUUUUCUCCAUUUUCGCUUCUGCUAUUCCGUACGCUUAGAAAUUGGAAAAUCAACGAAACAAUUAAUUUAAUGGCGGCCGCCGCCCUAAUUUCUUCUCCUCUCUGCUGCUACUCCGCCAUUCCCGAUGUUCGCGUAUUCGCUGCAACGAGAACGACCGCUUCCCGCAAAUUCGGAACGGCGUUCGCCUCUGGCUCUCCUCUCCUGAUUCAAAGACCUAUUUAUCAGAGAAACACGGCUUGCAAUUCGAAAUCGGUUUCGAUAAGAUGCGAGCAAGGUACUAAGGAAGAGGGUAGUGGUUUAGAUGUGUGGCUCGGGCGAGUGGCUAUGGGUGGUUUUGCUGCUGGUAUAACUGUUGAAGUUGUCACAGGCAAAGGACUCCUAGAGAAUUUCGGGCUCGUAGGGCCUUUACCGACAGUGGCUUUGGCAGUUACAGCAUUAGUUGGGGUUCUCACUGCAGUCUUCAUCUUCCAAUCUGCUUCCAAGAAUUAACCAGUUUUAAUGUUUUUUUUUUUUUUUUUUGUGUAUGGUGAUUAUACAACAUUUUUAUUUUUAUUUUUAUUUUUAUUUUGUAAGUGUUGUCUUAUAUUAAUGUUACAUUUUCAAGUACAUAGCCACUUUUGAAGAGUGAUCAUAUUCAUUGAUAUUGUCUAUGUGAUCAAGAACUCAAGAUUGUUCAUUUU